UUUUUUUUUCCCAGAAGUUUAACUGCACAUUUGUUUGUUAUCCAUCAUGGGCAAUCAAUCUGUGGACGCCAAGAAGCGCAAGUCGCCCUCCGAUGCUCAGAAUGCAAGCCGUAAGAAGCAGAAUGUCAACAAGAACGAAGCUAAACAGACCGAUGCUCCUGCCAACGAUGCCAACGAUACCAUCGACACCACGAUUACUGAUCAGCCUUCUGGAUCUUCCGAAGGCAAGCCGUUGAAUCUCGAUUUUGAGAGUCUCGAAUGCUGCGAAAAGACCAAGAAUGCUAUCAAGGAUUUGGGCUUCACUAAAAUGACCGAAGUUCAGGCUCGUACCAUUCCUCCCCUGAUGGCCGGUCGGGAUGUGCUCGGUGCGGCCAAGACAGGUUCCGGUAAAACCUUGUCCUUCCUGAUUCCCGCCGUAGAAAUGCUCUAUCGAUUAAAGUUCAAGCCGAGAAAUGGUACCGGUGUGAUCAUUGUAUCGCCUACUCGUGAAUUGGCGCUUCAGAUUUUCGGCGUGGCCAAGGAAUUAAUGAAAUACCAUCAGCACACAUUUGGUAUUGUCAUUGGCGGUGCCAACAGAAAAGCCGAAGCAGACAAGUUGGUCAAGGGUGUGAAUUUGUUGGUCGCUACUCCCGGUCGUUUGUUGGAUCAUCUUCAGAACACGCGCGGCUUCAUCUUCAAGAAUUUAAAAGCACUCGUAAUUGACGAAGCGGAUCGUAUUUUGGAAAUCGGUUUCGAAGAGGAAAUGCGCCAGAUUAUCAAAAUUCUUCCUUCAGAUCGACAGUCGAUGCUAUUCUCGGCUACUCAAACCACCAAGGUGUCCGAUCUUGCUCGUAUUUCUUUGAAAAAGGGACCCUUGUAUAUCAACGUCGACGAACGUAAAGAUACAUCGACCGCCGAAGGCUUGGAGCAGGGUUACGUGAUUUGCGAGUCCGAUAAACGGUUCCUGCUGCUCUUCACCUUUUUACGAAAGAACCUGAAGAAGAAAGUAAUUGUGUUUUUCUCCAGCUGUAAUUCGGUAAAAUAUCACGCUGAAUUGAUGAAUUACAUUGACGUGCCAGUGUUGGAACUGCAUGGACGUCAAAAACAACAAAAACGAACGAGCACCUUUUUCGAAUUCUGUAAUGCGGAAAAGGGUAUUCUGCUGUGUACGGAUGUGGCGGCUCGUGGUUUAGAUAUCCCUGCGGUGGAUUGGAUUGUUCAGUUUGAUCCUCCGGAUGACCCUCGUGAUUACAUUCAUCGUGUGGGCCGAACUGCGCGUGCGGGAGGACGAGGAAAGAGUUUACUGUUCUUAUUACCCAGUGAACUGGGUUUCCUAAGAUACCUGAAACACGCCAAGGUCCCGUUAAAUGAAUACCAAUUCCCUCAAAACAAAAUUGCCAAUGUUCAGGCUCAGCUUGAAAAACUUGUGGAGAAGAACUACUACCUGAAUCAAUCCGCUCGUGAUGGUUACCGAUCGUACCUGCAGGCGUACGCUUCUUUCAGUUUGAAAAAGAUCUUCAGCGUCGAUAAUCUCGAUUUGGCCAAAGUGGCAAAAUCUUUUGGAUUCAGUGUACCACCCAAAGUUAAUUUGACCAUGGGCAAGAAGAGGACCUAAAAAAAAAAGGCGCUUGUUUUGUUAUUUCGUUUGUCAUUAUUCAUUUUCAUAAUUCUUCAUGCAUUCCUUUUGUGAUUUUUUUUCUGUGAAUAAAAAAAGUACCUUGUUAGAGUGUUUCCAC